GUGUUUCAAUAAUAACAUGAAGGAUAGGGUGCUUUGAUUAAUUUUCAAAAUCACUUUAACUGCAAUAAUCUACAGUGUACACAUGUGCACACACAUGCAGAUAUUUUUGGUCACUGUGAGUUUCUUUAGAGUUUAAAUUGUUGCCACAUUUUUAUCUGUAACAUUCUUGAUUUGUUGAGGAUUAUCAAGGUAUCAAAUAUGCCACAAGUCUCUUACUGUUAACUGAGACACAUAUUUACUAAUAGCUCUGUGGGUCGAUAUUGUAAGUCUUGAAUGAAAAUGCAUGCAGUCUUUAAAUUUUGCUAUGGGCAUUUUCUCUCUAGGAUGAACUUUCAAACAGUUAAAAAUUUAGUUUUUUCAGCCUACUGUCACAGCAGUUGAUACAUACAUGUACCACAUAACAACUAAUUAGCACAACAUUGUGGUACUGCAAAUCUUUAUUUUGUACUUAUAAUAGCUCCAUGAUGUCUGAUAAUUUUAUCAGAGCACAUAAACCAAGCCAGGUUACAUGUACUUAGUCAUCUUGUCAUAAUAUGUCAUGGAAUUCAUAUAUGAUUAAGCUUUUAUGUCACCCAAGAUUAUCUAAUGCCAAAUAAGAUGAAGAGGCUUCUGUGAAAUAUUCUAAUUCUGUAAAGUAAUUAGUUUUAAACCAGCGAAUUGCGUAAGCAAGUUAUGGUUUGUACUGGUAGUCAGAUCAGAUUACACAUGACAAAUUAGAAGUGGGUCGAUCAUAUGACAACUUCCCAUCGCAAUCCCGCUGUUUUGCAGGGCUAAUAUAAUUUUAAAUUGACAUCUCUCAUCCUAUGUGUUACGUAACUGCUAGUGUUGCACUAAACAUGGGAAUGUUAACUGGUACAAAUAACUCAAAUUGAAUGGUUGCUAAAAGUUCUGGGUAAUUUGCUGAUCAGGGAAAGUGUUAAUAGUAGCAUGUAACUGUUAGUUAAUUGUGCAUUAAAAUUUCCAGUUCAUCUGUUGGAUGGGGGAAGUGUAAUCUCAAUCGCUUGGGGUUAAUAAUUCAAGUCAUAUAUUUGUCAACAUUGUCUGACAGCUUUGGUAACAGUUUUUGAAGUUGAUAAUCAGAUUACUGAGUAAUUUCAUUUAGCAUUAUUUUUGAUAGGUUUAAUACCAUAGUUAGUUAACAGAAAAAUGGACAGUGUUAUUGCAUUAAUUUUUAAUAUAAAUUUGUUAUUGCUUCUAGCGGAUUUAAUAACUUGCAAUUCCUUUUCAGAAUUCUGUUCGACACAAUCUCUCCUUAAACAAGGCAUUCUGUAAGCUAGAGAGACCUCAAGGUGCUUCACAGAGAAAAGGUUGCCUAUGGUCACUUAAACCCGAGAGGCGUGAACAGAUGGACAAGGAAAUCAGAAAGUGGAAGAAAAAACAUGCCGAGGCAAUUAGAGCCAGUAUGGCAAAUCCAGAGUUAUCCAUCUCAAGUGAUGACUUGGACAAUUCUCCUGAACAAAUGCUGAUCCAAUCAGAACACUGUGAAGACAUAGCUGCAGCAGAUGCUGCCAAGGAACUAUUCGGCAAUGACUUGAUUCACGAAAUUCAACAGAAUGAAGUCCUUGAUUGGGAUGAUAUUAUUUCUCAGAGCACAGAGCUUCCAAUUGAUCCAACACUUAGCACUUGCACAAGCUUGCCAAUGUCGACGCAGCCAAUCAAUGGAAUGCAUGGAUGCGAUCCAAUCACCACCACAGUGGAAAUGGAAAAUUCAGCUCAAUAUUUUGUAAACAGUGACGGGCAAGAUUUUGACCUUCCACUUCCUUAUGUGUCACACUACUAUAGCCUGCCCCAGCCGCAACAACAUAUCAAUGUGGGUUUUUGAUUAGUCAGAGAUAUCUAGCUAGGACUUAUUGAAAAAUAAUUUCUUUAAUAUACAGAGAACAAAAUUUCUUCAAGUCUCAACUAUAGCAAUGUAAAAGCUUUAACAUGCAAGUCAGGACAGUUGUUUUUAAAGAAUGGUGGCAAAAAGACACUGUAAGAAUCUUUUAAGAGUUUCUUUUUCGUUACAAGACUGUAGGUUAUCUUUCAUUGGUAAUCUUGAAGGCUUUUAAGACUCUUCAAUUGCUUGGGAAACCUUAAAUUGUGUUAGCUGCCUACUUCAUAUUGUUUUCAUACAACUGACUGACUCACAAACGGGCAAUUACAGCGGAUAUCAAAGUUUUAAAGAUAUCGCAUACUUGUUUCAUGUCCACGAGAAUGGCUGCUAAUGAUGCUUUUACGUAGUAUUAUAUCUUUUGAACUAUUAAUAUUAAAUAUUUCAUUGCCAUUAAAUUUGUAAUUAUUUCUUAGACUGUUUGUUUUAUAACUGUGGUCUGCAGUCAAAAUUAAGCCAUAAAAGUUGUUAGCACAAUGAUUGCAUGCUUUGUAUAUGCAAGUACACUGUCUAUAUCUGUUAUUUCAAUGUGUUAGUAUAUUUAUUAGCUUUUAUGGUUAUGCUAUAAAAAGUAUUGAUUAUUAUUGGUGACUUGUUUUUUGUUAGGGUUUGAUGGGUCAGAGGUAGUUGUGUUUUAUAAUGACACUAUUUUUUGGCUGUAAAUUUGUAAACUCAAAGUUUGCAUUAUUUUAAUAGUGGGUCCUCUAAAAUGUUGUGUAAUAGUGAACUACCAUAGUCCUUUUCGACAAUAAAUACUUUGUCAGCACAUGCAGUGUUUUGGCAAAAACCUGUUGGCACUUGGUAGCAAGUGAAUAAGCAACCUUUAACUCAAUUUAGGCAAUUUUAACUCAAUUUAUUACUGUGAUAGGUAAAUAUUAUACAUUUUUGAAGAUUUGCUUUGCCAUAGUUCAUUUAUAUUUAUUAUGUUUUUGUACAGUCUGAACUUCUGAGCUUCUUUCACUUUGAUUCCAUUUGUAAGUUCUGAUGACAAAUGUUGAAAACUUCAUAACUCAUACCCUUCCUAGCUUUGAGUCGCUUCAAAUGUGAACAUCGGUCAGAUUAAAGGUACUGGUUAACAAACACAGCAAAUCAAGUGACUUUAAACAUUUGUAACAUAAAUUAUCCACUCACAAUACUUUAAUAUAGUAAUCAAUAUUCCAAAUUUGUAAAUACUAAU